CAUAAAUGUUACGAAGAGGAUUUACAAAGCUUAGACCAAUGAAGUUCAGGCCCUUGCCUUUAACUACAUUCAGAACUCAAAUUCUUCUCCAAAAUCUAAGACAAUUCAGCACAGGUCCUCAGCCAGGAGGAAAUAGGGAAGGCUUUGGAACUCCAAGGACUGAUGCUACUCAACCUCCAGAUCCUACAGAUAAAUCUGGUUAUUACUCAGAUGAAGAUACAACAUCCUUCACAAGUGACAGGAAAUUUAGUAACUUUAUUCUCUUCACAGGGGCCUUGGCUUUGAUGAUAAUUUACAUGUAUUCCAAUGUCCAGAGCAUUAAAAAGAAGAGAGAACAGAAAAUCCAAAAUGUUGGUAAAGCACAAUACGCUGGAAAAGCUGAUAUCGGGGGACCAUGGCUCCUCUAUGACACCAAAGGAAACAUUGUCACCCAUAAAGACCUUGAAGGUAAAUACUACCUCAUAUAUUUUGGGUUUACCAUGUGCCCUGAUGUAUGCCCGGUAUCUCUUAACAAAGCUUCUAAGGCUAGGAGAAAAGUUAUGAAAUCCAAAGAGUACAAAUACUUUGACCUGGCUAGUGUGUUCGUCUCACUAGACCCAGACAGAGAUACUCCUGAAAGGAUCGAGCAAUACUGUAACAUCUUUGAUGAAGAUAUGAUGGGUUUGACCCACAAAACAAACGAUGAUCCUGAUCUUAAGGAAAUCUUGAAGAAAUUCAAGAUUCACAGCAGUAAAAUUUACCUAACAGAGGAAGAAGAAAAGGAGGAUGAAGAGGCUAUGAAAGCAAUCGCUCCUGAAGUAAUCGAGAAAAUGAAGGACCAGAAGGCUAAAAAGAACGAUAAAUACUCUCUCGAUCACACAAUCGUCACCUACCUAAUGGGUCCUGACAACGACUUCAUCACAUACCUCGGGUCAAACCUAAACGAGAACGAAAUGGCCGAGAUAAUCCUCGAUGAAAUCUCUGCUGACUUAGGUAAAAAGUAUAAAAUUCAAUAA